ACCAUCCAUUAAAUCCAAUUUAAAAAAAAACCUUACGAUUUACGCGCCUGCACUCGAAGCUUUCCUGCAACUCUUCUGCUUCAUUUUUAGGGUUUAAGUUCAUUGGAUCUGAUCGUUUCACCUGCUUCUUCUUUCUCCCUCUAAAUUAGGUCAGGAUUUCAAAAGAUUUAGGUCUCAGCUCUUCGGUGGAUCGGGACCGCAAGCACCUGCAACCUCCUAGUUCAGCCUAGAACUUAGGUUUUGUCCUCCAUGGUUCUGCAACUCUGGGUUUUGCUUCUUUCUGCGAAUUAGGCUUUAGUUAAAGGAUUUUCAAGCUUCUGAAUUUCCUGAUUCUGAGCUGGUAACUGGGGUUUAAUCUUUCCUCUCUCUCCUUAUUAAACAAAUGCUGCAACCCCUGCUUUACUCUGAAACUUAGGGUUUUUCCGAACCAUGGCUCCUUCACCAUCAGCUUCUGAUUCAUUGGGCUCAUUAAUGUUUAUAAACUCGGGGAUUUAGUUUCCAGGAUUCACAGUCACCUGCAUUCCUUACUUUUCAACUGGAAAUUAGGGUUUUGGCGUUAAACCCUCACCAUGCUUUAGCCAGUGGGAUCCAAAUAAUCAAGCAAUGGAGGAGAAGGAGCUUGCAGAAUUGGUUCGAGACGUAGUCCUCCGCCUCCUUCCAGCCACCAUUACUAACCAGUCUCCAGAAUAUGCAGAGAAGGCUUACAAGUAUGCUUCUCGUAUCCUCAGCAGUCGUAUGACCCCUUCUAUUGCAGCUGAUGAAGCAGCCAUGGCUGAGUCAAUAAAGCGUCAGCUUGUUCUUGAAGGUAGGUCAUCUGAUGCCCUAGCUUUUGCUGAUCUUUACUCCAAGUUCUCUUCUAAAUCUGGUCCAGGAACCAUAAGCAAUAAAUGGUCAGUUCUUUAUCUUCUCAAGGUCAUAUCACAGGAUCAAAGCAAGGAUAAACUUGAAUCUAGGGUCAGGGUUUCGCUUUCACCUAGUUGUAUAGCUUCUGCAUCUAAUGGUGGACUUCCUGCUAUUUUUGGUAAUGAAAACUCUGUUAAAAGGGAUCAUUAUGAGAAUUCUAAGUUUGUUACCAGAGAUAGGGAAAGGGUUUCAGAUCGAGAAAAGGUUUCUUCAACUGGGGGGGUCUUAUUGCUCUCAAAGGAUCCUGAAAAUAUUCGACAAGCUGCUUUCAGAGAAUUUUCGGUUCUUUUACGUGAUGAAACUGAGGUUUCAGAGAGUGCUCUGGUUAAGGAUAUCAUCUAUGCUUGUCAGGGAAUUGAUGGUCGAUACGUGAGGUUCGAUAUAGAAUCUGAUGGAUACGUGUUGCCAGAAUCAAUUAGGGUUCCUCGAGCCACUAGGGUUUUGGUCAUGAAGCUUUGUGAAUUAGGUUGGCUCUUCCGAAAGGUGAGAGGUUAUAUCUCAGAUAGCAUGGAGAAGUUCCCUGCUGACGAGAUUGGAACAGUGGGUCAAGCAUUUUGUGCAGCUUUACAUGAUGAGCUAUCUGAUUAUUACAGGCUUUUAGCUGUUCUCGAAACCCAAUCUCUUAAUCCCAUUCCUCUGGUUUCAGAGAGCAGUUCCGGAAAUUAUCUCUCUCUUCGAAGGCUAUCCGUUUGGCUCACUGAACCAACAACCAGGAUGCGGCUGAUGGCUGUUCUUGUCGACAAUUCUAGGGUUUUGAGAGGUGGGGCCAUGGCUGGAGCCAUCCAUGUCCAUGCCCAACAUGGAGAUCCUCUGUUUCAGGAGUUUAUGGUCAGGCUUCUUCGAAGGGUUUGCUCCCCGCUAUUUGAAAUGGUCAGAACUUGGGUUUUAGAGGGAGAGCUAAAUGAUAUUUAUGGAGAAUUUUUCAUUGUGAGUCAGACAGUUAAGGCUGAAUCACUUUGGAGGGAUAGGUAUCAGGUCAAUGCUUCUAUGUUACCAGGCUUUAUAUCAGAGCAUUUAGCUCAACGUAUAUUAAGGACUGGAAAAUCGAUCAAUUUUCUUCGUGUUUGUUGUGAGGAUCAAGACUGGGCUGGUGCUCCCCUUGUUGGGGCCACCACUAGGAGAGGUGAGCUUGGAUAUGGGGAGACAGAGGCCCUUGAAGCUCUUGUUAUUGAAGCGGCAAAGAGAAUCGAUAAGCAUCUGAUCGAUGUUAUGUGCAAGAAGUUCAAGUUCAAGGAGCAUUGCCUUGCAAUUAAGCGAUAUUUGCUUCUUGGGCAAGGUGAUUUUAUCCAGUAUUUAAUGGAUAUUGUGGGUCCUGAACUUUCAGAGCCUGCUAAUACAAUCAGCUCAUUUAAGCUGGCGGGGUUAUUAGAAAGUGCUAUUCGAGCCUCCAAUGCACAGUAUGAUGACCCCGAUAUAUUGGAUAGAUUGAGGGUGAAGAUGAUGCCUCAUGGUUCAGGCGACAGGGGCUGGGAUGUAUUUUCUCUUGAAUACAAUACGAGGGUACCCCUUGAUACUGUGUUUACAGAGUUUGUAAUGGCAAAAUAUCUCCGAAUUUUCAAUUUUCUUUGGAAGUUGAGGCGAGUGGAGCAUGCGUUGAUUGGUGCAUGGAAAGUUAUGAAACCCAAUUGUGCAAUUUCUCAGCUCUUGUCCAUGGAUGCUGGGGUCAAGGUUAGGUUUGUGGCCAUACUCAGAAGAUGUCAGGUGCUUUGGGAUGAGAUGAACCAUUUUGUCACAAAUCUUCAGUAUUAUAUAAUGUUUGAGGUUCUUGAGGUGUCAUGGUCUUGUUUCUUGGAGGAGAUGGAGGAGGCUCAGGACCUAGAUGACCUGCUUGCUGCUCAUGAGAAGUAUCUGAAUUCAAUCGUGGAGAAGUCACUUUUGGGAGAGAGGUCUCAACACAUUUGCAAAACUCUCUUUGUCCUCUUUGAGCUCAUACUGAGGUUCAGAAGUCAUGCCGACCGAUUAUAUGAACGUCUCCAUGACCUGCAAGCAAGAGAGGGUAGUAAGUCAAGAUCAAGAUCAAAAAAUGAGCGACAAAGAGCAGGUGCAUGGGUUGGUGGUCGAAAAGCUAUGUCACAAGUCACUGGAGAAUUUAUACGUAAAAUGGGAGAAGAGAUGGAUGGCAUUGCUGAUGAGUAUUCUUUGCUGCUCGAUGGCUUCAUUGCUCAGUUGCCUGUGCAGCAACACGUUGAUCUCAAAUUCCUUUUCUUUCGGCUGGACUUCACUGAAUUUUAUACUAGGCAGCAGGCUAAUGCAUCUUUGAAGUCUCUCCAAGCUAGAAGCUGACUGAUUUUUUAGUGUUUUUUGUCAACAUAUCUAUAACCAUUGCAAGGAUCCUGGCAUCUUGACAUGUCAUGUGAUCUGAUCAUCUCGGUUGGGUUUUUCUUAUUGAACCACGUUAGAUUGAUUUCCUUCACAUAUUAUUUCCUUGGUGAUUUCUUCUUCCUUGGUGAUGGAUGUGGGACUUUCCAAAUAUGUGAUUAUGGGGGUCCUCUGGUAUGGUUUAAUCAAUGGCAUCUUAUGUCUUUGGUGUUUUUAAGCUUGUGAUAGCCUAAGUUUACAUUGGAGGUGUGGAUUUUUUUCAAUCGGUUCUAACAAGUCCCUGAAUCCGCUGGGCCAAUGCUAGCCCGACCCAACCCAUACUGAGGCCCAACCCAUACUGCGGUCCUUAACAUGAGUCCCAAACCAGCUGAAACUGGGUCUCUCCUGAAAGCCCGUGGGCCAGCCAAUGCCCGCCAGCGGCUCUAUUCGGUGGUUCUUUUGUGAGGGUUGCUUUUGCCUUCAAAAUGUUUGUAUAUGAGUGGUGGAUAAGUUUGCAGAGAUGUUGGAGAAGAUUAGAGAUAUCAUUCAUGUGAGUUGACUUUCAUAUGAUCAUUCUGUUGGAGCUUUUGAUAUCAUAAAGGAGCUUGCUUUACAAUGUGUGCAUCACAGUUAAUUAGGAAUCCACAUCGGAGUACAAAAUUGUCCCAAAAUGGGAUUAUAUAGAUUUUUUUGGUCCACAGGGAAUGUGUGUAGCAUGAAGAAGGGACAGAAUGGUGUCUGAAGACUUUAUUCAAGACUACAAUUCCUCCUAGGUUGCAUGUUUCAUUUCAUGAGGAGCAGCAUGUUUCAUUUCAUGGGGAUUUAAGUCACAUAUCGUCGCAUUUGGCAGUGGCCAACCAAGUCAUCCAUGUGAUACACAAGCAACACUAACAUAUAUUUGAUGAUCAGAAAGGUCAUUUUCAUAUAUAUGUAAUAUUGCUUGAUAUAUCUCUUAUUUGAUAUUUAUUCAACUCGUGUUACUGAAUAAGCAUUAAAGAGGAGCAACUGUAGAUACCUGAAA